GUAACUUUCAAACUUGAGGCAUCAUUCCGACGACAACAUUCUAAAAUUAAACGAUUGUCGAUUUAACGAUUUCGUAAUCACAGUCAACAGAUUGACAGUGCACACGAUAUAUUCUGGGUGACUGAAGGCUUACAUUACACUUGAUACCUAACCGAUAGUCGAACAGGGCAUCGGAUAAGUCAACAUUGAAAGCUCGUUGAGCACACUAUUCACGCCGCCUUUCAUAUCGAGUUUUCACACAACAGAUGGCCGUCCUGCAGUUGCAGAAGGACCUAGAUAAGCUUAGCAGAUCAGCUAAGCUAGCUGAUGCAGUUGAAGAUGUAGACAAUAUCAUAGAUCUUUUAACCGCUGCGAGGGAGAGAGUAGCAGCAGCGAACGAUCCCCAUACGACAUGUCUAACCCUCACUAAGCUACAGAACCCGAUAAAGGAAGAAUUGGACGGACUCAAUCGUGACUUGAAUCAAGUGUACAAGGCAUGGAACGAAUUCAACAAGUCUCUCAAAACGGCGUUUUCUAAGGACACUCUGCCGACCGAGCAUGAUCCUAUGGAGCCCCAUUCAGCUCUGAUAAAUCGGGCUAUAGCUAUGCACCUAUUGCGCGAGGGGCAGUUUGGCGUUGCUUCAACAUUUAUAAACGAGUUACAACCAUCGUCCGAGACCUUGCCUACCUUUCAAUCACGAACCCAGAUGUCUCCCUCCACAUCUACAUUCCAUCCGUCAUCGUCCCGCUCUCAACCACCCACAGAUACCCUUAUAACAGACGCCGAUAUUCCCUCCGACCUAACAGCCUUCCAAUCACAGGCGUUACAAUCCUCCUUCGCCGACAUGUAUUCCAUCCUCUCCGCCCUCAAAGCCCAAAACCUUUUACCAGCCAUAAAUUGGGCAAGAGAAAACCACGUGGAGCUCGAAGCACGAGGAUCUAAUCUGGAGUUCGAGCUCUGCAAAUUACAGUUUAUAUGGUUAUUCAAGGGGUCCAGUGUUAAUGGCUUACCAGAUUCGCAAGAGAAUGGGGUUUUGGGGGCAUUGAAGUAUGGAAGAGCAACUUUCAACCGAUUUCAGCAUCGCCAUUUACACGAGAUCCAACAACUGGCCUGCGCGCUAGUAUACUCGCCGAACCUAGCCGAAUCGCCCUACGGUCCUGUUUUCGACAUAUCCGCGGCUUUCGAGGACGUUGCGUCAUCAUUCACCCGGGAGUUCUGUUCCCUCUUAGGCCUAUCAGCCGAGUCACCCCUCUACGUAGCCGCCACAGCCGGCGCCCUUGCUCUACCCGUACUCGCCAAGUACACAUCGCUAGCGAAAGCGAAAGGCACCGAGUGGACGACGACAGACGAGCUCGCAUUCGAAACCCCGCUACCCAAGAGCAUGAUGUACCACUCGAUCUUCGUGUGCCCAGUCAGCAGGGGACAGACAACAGAGUCGAACCCCCCCGUGAUCCUGCCGUGUGGCCACGUGCUCGCGCGGGAGAGUCUGCAGAAGCUCGCGAAGGGCAGUCGGUACAAGUGCCCCUACUGCCCCAGCGAGGGCAUCGUCAAGGACGCCAAGGAAAUCAUCUUGUAGGACAGGCAACGUCCCUCCGAUAUCCUGUGUUUGAACCGCCGCCGCGACGCGACGGUGGGGUGAUUGGAUUGCGAUUCGGG